CGGGAAAAUUGAGUUGCAGCUGCUGAGGAAAUGUUUUAUCAUCAAAGUAUUUUGAAUAGGAAAGGAGGAGUUUUUGGAACAGUUUGGUUGGCAGCUACAAUUAAAGAUGAGCAUGUGUUGAAGAGAAGAGAAGUAAGCCGGGUAAACCUCUGCAAAACAUGUGAUGAUAUUUUGGACUACAUCAUGGUGAGGAAACAGCCCGCUGUGUCUGGCAGAAGUCGUCCCCGAUUCUCCCUCUACCUCUCCGCUAAACUGAUGUUUGGGUGUACCCGGCUGUACAAAAAACAAAUGCAGUACUUGCUUGAGGAUAUUUCAUCUUUUUUGGUGAAAGUGAGAAUUGCAACAAAUAUUGGAGAAAAUAUUGAUCUUAAUAUUGCCUGCAGAGCUGACCACGUGACUAUGCCAGAUCUUGUGUUAUUGACAACGCUAAAGCAACCCCUGUACAACCCAUACUUUGGCAGGAUAGAGUGUUGGGAGGAACAGGAAGAUUUUAAGACUUUUUUGACAGAGUUAUCUUCUCCUAGCAGCGACUCUAGCUUGGAGCAUCAACGUCAUCGUAGGGCGUCUUCAACAUCAUCCUCUCUACAGGUGGAGUCAGAACAGAGCUUUCUUAAAUCAGCUCUUGGUUCCCCAAAUACUGUGUCCAGUUUAGACCAAAUUACUCGGAAAGAAACAGAUAUACCCAACCUUCCACAGAUUGCUGAGCAGACAGAGUUGCCUGCCCUUGAUGAGCAGAACAUUCAUUUUCUCCUGGAUGAAUCAAUCAGAACUGAAGCUAUUCCAAUGGUGGACAUACCUAUAGGUCAAAGCUCUGUAAAGGCAUCUAAAGCUUCCAUAAAUCUUUCAUCUCCUCAAAAGACAACAAAGGAAGCAAAAGAGCCAGAACAACAAGUUUUAUCACCCAAAGAGAGGACUCCACGAGGACGGGCUGAAGAACCCCACCCUGAGGCACCACCUGCCCUUCGUGAAAGUCGACCAAGGCCACCAGAGGUCACCAUGAUGCCCCUUCCUGAAGAGGAAACUCGGCGAUCAUCCAGAAAAAGACAGAGACAAAUUGACCUGUCAAUGGAGUUGGCCCCCUUGCCACCUAGUCCUAGUACCAGAAAAAGGAGACGUCGUCACUUGAUUAUAGAUGCGAGCAUGAUGAUUUCCAAAGUGGAGAUGAAGAAAAACCUGCAGACAGGCAGUGAUCUGUGUAAACCAUUCAGAGUUCCUACCAUUGAGCAGUCAGACUACAGCACUCUGUUAAAUCAACCUGGCAGGAGGGGCCUGAGAUUGUCUCCCCUUGUUGACAUUUGGCGCCACAACAUAAAGCCUGGUCUUUGGGAGACGGACACUGAUAUUGACACUCCAUUCUGGACAGUGCCAAGUAUUUCUAGAGAUGACUCUACAGCCACUCGGAGUAAGCGUUCCAGGCGAGCUCUCCUAACUAAACCAGAGGUGGACCUGCAGCCAGAGAUUCCGGUCAUUCAGGACGCAAUGGACAUACAUGUACCACCACCACAGCUGGACGUUCCUGGACAACUUGUCGGGGUAUCACCAGAAAGGGCCAGGGCAAAUAUCAGCACAGAAGUUGAGCUGCCUUCCAUGGAAAUUCUCAGAGAUACCUCUGUUUCAAUGGAAAGAAGUCUUCAGGAGGACAUAACUCCUGUCCAGCUCCACCUGUCUGCCAGAAGCAAAGAUGAUUCUCUUUCUGAUAGAUCAUCUUCUAGUCGAAGGAAGAGGAGCCGUUCUCGAGGAUCAAUUGAAGAGGAAAUACUGGCUCCUCCAUCAGAGCCGUCGGUGUCGGACACUCUCUCCAGGAUUAACCUCAACCUGUCUGUUGUACCUGAAGAGUCCGAGAUUCCAAUGAUGACCACACCUUUUCCUGUUAUCUCGAAGGUCUCACAAGCAGAGAAUAGAUUUAUAAGGUUAAUCAACUCUUACACUAGUGAGACAGAUUUUACAACCUUUGAAGAAGUUUGUUCACCACAGACCAGUGACAGAAAACAAGCAGCCUCCAUGUUCAGUGCCUUGCUUCAUUUAUGUGCCAGAGGGACUGUAUAUGUGGUCCAGAGAGAGCCUUACGGAGAAAUACUCCUAGGACGAGGGGAUACUUUCUGAAGAUUCAUCAGAAUAAUUAGAUCUUAAUGGUGUCAGGACAGCUGUUGUGUUGUUUUUAUAUAUAAUCUCGGCUUAUGUUGGUGUAGACAUUUCAGAUGUUGUUAUCAUGUUUAAGUGCGUGUCUUGCUGAAUCUAAAAGUACUGUAUGUAAAAUAAUUUAUUAAUGGAAUCGUGCAAAAAUCUGUUACUUUGAAUAUUGUAUGAGUAUCAAGUCCAAACUAUGAUUUUUACUAUUGUUAAUUGUUCGAUACUGUUAUAAUGCUGUUACUUUUUACAGUUGUUGCUUGUUAAAAGUUGUUAAUGUUAAAUGUGUUCCAAUGUGAAAAUGUUGGAUUUAGUCAAACAAGAUCGAAUCAGGGAUAUUGUGUUGUUCAUUGUUACCAGCGUGUUAUCGACAGUUUAUUUGUUUUCGUUUCAUUUUCAUUGUUGAAAAAAAAAAUAAACUUUUAAAACUGU